AUGUCAAUAUGUCUUAUAACAACAUACAUGAAUACUAUCGUACUUAUAUGAUAUAUUAUAGAGAUUCAGAUUUGACUUCCACUACAGCGCACCGCUACCAUCAACCAAUCAGGUGCGUGAUAUAUUCGAUUAACCAAUCAGUCAAACCUGAACCUCUAUAUUAACCGUGUCGUUACACAUUGACGUCACUGCGUGUUCGUGUGAUUAGCUAAGAUAUAGUUAACUACUUAGUUAAAUUUACUCUUCUCCAGUUAUAUUUAUAGAUUAAGCACGCGAUUGGUACAUUUUCAGCGUGCAAGCGCGAUCUUAAUUUGCUGUAUAUGGCUCAACGAUGUUUUCAAAACUGCUUGUUCAUCAAAGUUAGUAUUUUAAUAAAAUACACAUUUACAAUUCUUUCGUGAUCUUAUUGUACAGUUGUUCUUGUGCUACAUCAACGUAUUAAAAAUUCGCAGAAAGAAUAUGUUGUAAAAUGUCUCAGCUUUUAAGCGUGAUAUUUUCGGAAAAUUUUCUGUCCGUGGAAAUUUUUCUUGAGUGGAAAUGACCUUUAAACACGUGUUAUUCGUGAUCUAUUUCAGCCAUUUUGGAAAAAAAGCGGUGAGAGCAAUCGUAUUGCUGGAAAGAUCAAGAUGGGGAAAGAAACAUUGUGUAAACUGGAAGGAAAAUGGGUAUGAUGUUUUGAUUCUCUUUAUGCCAUUUUCAUGACUUUCCUGUGUAGGAAUUAUCGCAACGUCACUGGUGUUUGCGACCAUAUGGAAGUAGUCAAUGUUUAGGGAACUAGCUCAGUGUUUGACAGUGUUUUACAUACUCAAAUUUCCUUUAAGUUAUAAAACAUAGAACGAGAAAUUAUUUAACAAAUAUAAAAAAUUUUCCGUGUUGAUAUACAGUUAUAUCAACACGAGUGGAAGUUGGGAAAACGAGAAAUUGUGUGGAAACGCGAAGGGCGGAGUGUUUUCACACAAUUCCGAGUUUUCCCAAUUUCCACGAGUGUUGAUAUAACUGCAUAUCAAUACGGAAAAAAUGUUUUAUGUUUGUUUUAUAAUAUAGCACAAAGAAACAUAAAGAAAGAAAUUUUCCGACGUUUCCGUGUUGACAUUGAGUUAUAUCAACACGGCUCUUAGCCAAUCAACGUUCGGAAUUUACAAAUGCUAUAUUAUAAUUAAUAUUAUAACGUGAUUUCGAGUUCUCCGAAACUACCAAAAGUGUUUCUAUAUCUGUGUAGAAACAGAGGAAAACCUGUUUCUAUUUCUUUCCUCCACCCGAUCGGUUGCCGGGCUUUUGCUCUCAACUGAGACUAUAGAUGCAAACACUAUUUACGACAGAAGCUGUAGUUUAUUUAAUACAUUGGGGAUAUUUUCCUUUGGACCGUGUGAACAGGGCGUCAAAGGGACAAAAACGUUUUUGAAAACGACGCCCGUGUGCACAUAGCCUGAGAAUUCCCUUUUUAUCUUGUGGUUCCUUAAUUUGGUCGAUUUAUCGUUGCAUGUUUAGGAUGGUGAAGUACUCAUUACUGACCUACGAUCUGGAAACCAUGAA